AUAAGAUCUUGUUUUCCUCAAGUCCAAGCAAUCCAAAACUUGUUCAGUCAAUCCUAUUCAACGAAUCCUUCAUUUCACAUCUAUAUUUGCUUUCGAUUCAUACCGUCAUGCCGUGUCCAUGUGCCUGCAAGAAUUGCUCCUGUGGAGAAACGUGUAAGUGUACCGUCGAAAAAUGUUGCUGCGAGGAAGAGAAAAAAUCGUGCUGUGAAGGAAAAACCGAGAAGACUGAGCAAAAGAAAUAACCAAUGAGCAAGUGAACUUUUCCCACGUCUACUACUAAAUUAUUGUCGAUCUAUAAUUCUUUCGCUUAUCAAUCUUGUCAAUUGAAAUAAAACAAUAUUUUUCUAA